ACAUUCUCAAGAUGAAGCCCCCGGUGGUUACAGCAGUGCUGGUAGUACUGGUGCAGGUUUCUCAGAGUUUCCCUGCCUUGUACCACCGAGGCUGGUGGAGGCUCUUAAAGGAAGGAGAUAGCUGCGGAAAAUGUGAUUUGGCACUUUGCUCUGAGCCAAAAGACUGUCUGGCUGGGACUGUAGUGGACCAUUGUGGCUGCUGUUCUGAAUGUGGAAAUGUGGAAGGUCAGAUUUGUGACCUGGACCAGGGCAAUCAUUUUUAUGGGCAGUGUGGGGACAACCUUGAGUGUAGGUUGGAUGCCGAUGAAGCCAGGUUUGGUGAAGUCCCUGAACCCCAGUGUGUGUGCAAGUCUCAAGAGAGCAUCUGCGGAUCUGAUGGGAAGACCUAUGAGAACAUCUGUCAAUUCAACAAGGCUUAUGCAACUAAAAGAAAUAUCAGCAUGAAACAUAAAGGACCGUGUGAAUCAGCUCCUGUGAUUUCUAUGCCACCUCAGGAUGUCCAGAAUUUCACAGGCAACGAUGUCAUUUUUGGCUGUGAGGUGUCAGCCUAUCCUAUGCCACACCUUGAAUGGAAAAAAAAGGGGAAUAAAAUGUUUUUACCAGGAGAUGACGCCCACAUCUCAGUACAGGCCAGAGGUGGACCUCAGAAGUACGGUGUGACAGGUUGGCUGCAGAUUCAAGGCCUCAAAAAAUCAGAUGAAGGCAUCUACAUCUGCCAUACCAAGAACAAGUAUGGUGCAACAUACGCCUCUGCGAGAUUGAAAGUCAUUGAUGGUUCAUCUUCUGCAUUUGCCUUAACUGCUGGCAGUAGAAGUGCAAGCUAUGACUAUGAGGACUACUAUGACCAUUCUGACGAUGAGGAUGAGGAAGAAUAUGAAUCUGGGGACUAUGAAAAUUGAAACAACUCUGAAUAACAGUUUCCGUACAUGCGCUGUCAGACACCUUUCACACUGUUAUAUUUACUUGUACUCCCUGUGCUGUAAGUAGCCUCUCUAAUAACACUGCACUCAUUUGUGCAUCCCACCUUCCCGGAAUUCAACUUUGGCUGAAGUAUAUCAUGAUACUUACCUGAAAUAAGAACAGUUUGAAGUUCAUGCAUUUAGACUGUUAAAUAAAAAUCUUAGUAAGUAAAAACCUAGUAAGUGCCCUGAAAGGAUCAAAUUUUAUAUUAAUUUUUAAAAAUGUAUAUUAUUCUGUAAUUUCUUUAACAUUUUUAGUUUUUUCUAGCAAAACAAUAUCAAUAGUUAAACUAAAUUUUUAAUUUGUACCAAUGUCCUAUUUUUAUUUAUAUAAUGUACUAAGCAAAUGAUAGUUGACAUAGCAAGAAGCCUAGCUUCAAAGGUGGCAGAAGUGACUUUCAUCUUCUUAGUUCAUAAUUUCUUGUAAGCUUUAACAAGAUUCUUCUUCUUCAAAACUGUGUACACUUAGACUCACCAUGGGUAAAUUCCCUGCCUUUCGGAGUGUCACUUUGUUUACUUUUAAUACAAACAUGAAUAGUAGUCUUAUGCAAGUCAGCACUGCUUUGCUAGCAAUGCCCAGGAAAGGUUUCCUGUGCAUCCAAACAGACAAACAUACCCUUUGACUUCCUAACAGCUCCUGAGCUACUCCAGCAGCACCAGCUACUUCCCACCACGUGAGGCAAUGGUUCAAGGUCUGGAACUGCUGUUUAUGUUCUGAACAUCACCACGUUUGGUGGGAAUUACUGCAGCUUGAGGAAGGCAGCUGCUCCGUGGCUCAGCACAUGCCCAGCAAACACACAGAGAACCAAUAGUUAUGAAUAGCAGUAAAUUAAUGAGACACUUCAGUAACAAGUAAGGGAGCAAGAGUUCAGGCUCCUGCAUUUUAACCCUCAUUAUUUGUAAUCUUCUUUAUCAAAUGCACAAAAACACGCAGUGAUUGCUGUACACACUUUGUAGAGUUUUUAAAAUGUACAUACAGCGCAUCACAAACACCUCCAUUAAUGUUGUGCUGCUCUGUGCUUUCCUUUGCCAUGAGACAUUUUUCUUCAAUAUAAAUUACAUUAAGAGAUUGGCUAUAGACUGUGUUUGCCCUGAGGUAUUAUUGAUCUUUGUACAGGUAAGAAAAGAGCAUAGAAUAAUUUAUUUUGGCUCAGAGUUCCUGGAAUAUUGUCCACUUACAAUACAAACCACACGACUAGGUCAUUGAAAAGAUUAAUUAGUUUUAAUUAGGAGUAUCAAAUGGCUUCAGAUUUAAUCACUGAUUUUGCUGUUAUGGACUCUUUCUGGUCUUCUUAGUGUUAUGUCUGGUAAGCUUUUUGUUUAUUCACUACAUAUUGCUUUUAACAAAGAAUUGUCUGGUAGGAAUCACUGUAUUUUUAAAUGGAUGAUUGUUAAUGUAACUAUUUAAUCUUCAGACAUAUGUUCAAGAUCAAUUGCAGUCUGUGUUGCAGAUGAAUGAAUUAGAUUACUACAGCACUCGCUAAAUUGUGGCCAUGCAUAUUGGCAGGGGAUGGAACGUGGCGCAGCAAAAUAAUCUUGAAAUCAUUAGCCAUAGAGACAAAUGGUAAUUCUUCAGGGCCUUCUGCCAUUACUGAUGCACAGUGAAAAAGAGAAGAAAAACCAACAAUAGUUGAAUGAGAAAACGUGUAGCAGAACUAUAUCCAAUACCACACUGCAACUGCUUGGGUGGGUGGACUAUGUCUAUUUAAAAAAGCCUAACCUUUCUAUAACAAAGCCUUCUAAUUUAAAUCCACUGCAUUUACCUUUGCGGGUUUCUCUUUUAUUAAUAUAUUUAAUCCUUACUUGUCAAUUUAAUUUAAUCAUUUCUUGUCAAUUAUUAGCUAUGUCUUUCAAUGGGAAAAGUGCAUGUUAGGGAAAACCCUGAUGUAAUGCAAAAAAGAAAAAACAAACAAAAAGGAACACUGAUAGGAACACAUCGAUACCCUGAGCAUUUGCUAGUUCUGGUUUUGGGAGACUUUGUUUAUAUGCUUUAUGUGCUAUAUAUAAUCAAGUCACAUAAAAUUAAAUAAAAAAGGAUGGAGAAGAUUCAA